AUGAGGUUUACCUCGCUGCUGGCCCUGGGCCUAGCUGGUCUGGCUUUAGCCAAAGAUGGUACAACCACCGAGACCACCGAGACCAACACCAACACCGAUCUCUCCUCCACCAUCACGGGUUCUUCAACCUCUUACAACUGGUCCGAUGCUUCCACCAUCACCAAUGCCUCAGCUCAAGUUCCCACUGGUAGCUAUCUGACCUACACCUCCGUCAUUACCCUCGGUAAUGGCGACCACAAGACCGUGGUCUCCUCUUCACUCAAUGCCAGUGCUACCGCGACGGGCAACCAGACCCUUCUCCACACUUCGACCUCGGACUCCGUCACGGUGCUGGUUGGCGGUGGUGGGACAACCACCCUGGGCAACAAUAGCAUGAACGCGACCCAUACACAUUCUUCCACCAGUUCGAUCCCAACCGAGACCAACACCACCCCUUGCAAUGGGUACAGCGAGUUCUGCUUGCGCAACUACUCCAACAUCACCAAUGUCGCCGCUCAUAACAGCCCGUUCGUGGUUCCUGGCAAUGCUGCCUCCAACCAGGCUCUCAAGGUGACCGACCAGUUGAACGACGGCAUUCGCAUGCUUCAAUUCCAAGCCCAUAAUAAGAGCGGCGAGAUUCACCUCUGUCACUCGAGCUGCGACAUGCUCGACGCCGGCACUCUGGAAUCCUAUCUCGCCCAGGUCUACCAAUGGAUGAUCAAGAACCCUUACAACGUCGUCACCUUCGUCAUGGGCAACUCCGACAACCUCCCACCAACCGCUUUCGUCGACUCCAUCGAAAAAUCCGGCCUGAAAAACAUCAUCUACUCGCCCCCGAAGGCCCCCAUGGCCCUGGACGAUUGGCCCACUCUCUCCGAGAUGAUCCUCUCCAACAAGCGAGCCGUUUUCUUCAUGGACUACGGUGCAAAUGAGACCGCCGUGCCCUAUAUCAUGGACGAAUUCUCUCAGCUGUGGGAGACACCCUUCUCGCCCACUGACCGCGAUUUCCCCUGCACCGUGCAGCGUCCACCGGGCCUGAACCACAAGGAUGCCACCAACCGCAUGUAUAUGAUCAACCACAACCUCAACCUCGAAUUGAACUUCGGUUCUAUCAGCCUGCUCAUCCCCAACACGGCUUAUAUGGUCGACACCAACAGCGCCAACGAGACCUUAUAUGGCAGUCUUGGUAACAUGUCGGCGAAAUGUUCUGAAAUGUGGGACCGCCCUCCCAACUUCCUGCUGGUCGACUACUAUAACUGGGGCAAGCCCAAUGGCUCUGUCUUCGAGGUUGCGGCGAAAGCGAACAACGUCACCUGGAAUGGUAACUGCUGCGGCAGCACUUCGGCCGCUGCGCACAUGGCAGUCGCCAGUGUCUCGACGAUGGUCCUCAUCGCAGCAGGUGUCCAGUUCCUUCUCGCGGCAUUCUAA